CAACCCGCUCACUCCAAAACCCCCCCUCUCAAACUCCCUCACUCUUCCUAUUCUCUUCGGCAUUUUCACAAACAACUUUGCAAUUCUAAACAUUUCUCAUACGGUAUACAUGGCCAGGCCGCAGCAGCGAUAUCGAGGAGUUCGUCAGAGGCAUUGGGGCUCUUGGGUCUCUGAGAUUCGCCACCCACUAUUGAAGACUAGAAUUUGGCUCGGCACGUUCGAGACGGCAGAAGACGCAGCCCGUGCUUACGACGAAGCUGCGAGAUUCAUGUGCGGCCCAAGGGCGAGAACCAAUUUCCCUUACAACCCCAAUGCGCCUCAAUCUUCUUCCUCAAAGCUUCUCUCUGCAACUUUGACAGCAAAAUUACAUCGUUGCCAAUUGGCGUCUCUCCAAGUCUGUAAUCCUGUCGUGAAAGAGCCUGAAAGAGCUCCCUCCUCUGCCGUCAUGCCUAGUAAUGCCAUUGCCCAAGACUCCAAGGAAAUGGGUGUGUGGUCGCCGGAGAAGAGACCUGCUGUGCAACAGCCUGAGACGAAUUGGGUUGUUAAGAAAUCCCAAAUGGAGAGUACCCAGCAAUUCAAACCACUAGAAGAUGAUCAUAUAGAGCAGAUGAUAGAGGAGCUGCUUGAUUAUGGGUCUGUCGAGCUAUGCUCUGUCAUUCCAUCUCAGGCUCUGUAAUGUAGCCUUUUGCCAUCCGUCGCAUUCUCUCCCAUCUUCUCUGCUAAUGUAACCCAUUUUUCUCUUUUAACUGUUCAGUAGAAUUCUCUCCUGAAGCAUCUCUAGGUUGUGUCUCGUCUAGGUUCCAGCUCUGUAGGUUCUUGGUUCAAGUUACUCAUGCUUAUCUGAUCUUAUCUUACGAAGUUAGAAUGUACAGUAAGAGAAUUAGCAAUAUAUAUUGAGAUGGUAAUCUUUAAUUAUUCUA